GUUCAUCUUGGUAACUUCUCCGAUAUGGUUGUCUCUUUCAUUAGAUGGUAAUUACGACGGACGGAGGACAAUUGCUAAUUUGACAAUCAACAUUCAAGAUCUUAACGAUGAUCCUCCCGCUUUCUCGCCGCUUGGCACGGUCACGUUCAGCGUGAUAGAAAGUGCCGAACAAUGCGUAUGAAUUGACUACCGUUACGGCUUCUGACAAGGACGACAACCCUAAUUUAAUAUUCUCCAUCAACUGGGACAAUUCGAAAUUCUUCAAAAAUCGUGCACUGAUCAGUAGUACCGAUCCCGAAUGGAAGAAAUCGUUUGUGUUGAUGUUGAAGAGUCGAGCUUUGACAAAAGAGUUUUCGAGAAUCGUUACUUCAGUGACGGCCAGUCUUCGAGUUGGCGAUUCAUCACCGCCACCGGGCAACUGCAACGAAUGCAAGAAUACGCCACUCGACCGUGAGAAAUUCGACUCUGUAGAUCUUUGCCUCACGAUUACGGACAGCAAAACGGCCAUCAACCGCAACAAAGACGAACUUUAUGUCGUCGUGAAUAUUGAGGACGUUAACGAUAACGAUCCCGUCUUUGAUGUUUUGGACAAAGGUUUUUCCAUCGUGGAAGGAAACGCCAAGGUCAUUGGAACAGUUUUCGGAUCUGUCCGGGCCACAGACGUUGACGUCAAAAAUACCAUCACUUAUUCACUCAGUUCGUGUGAUGACGUGUCCAUCGAUAAAAACGGACAGUUGACCACGACGGGGCUAAUCGACCGAGAAACAAAUGACGUGAUUUUAUGCCAGGUUAUGGUAACUGACAGUGGAACGCCAAUUCGGUCGUCCAACACAAAUGUAACUGAUCCAGAUGAAAACGAUAUCGUCACCUGUAAGAUUAAAGAUGAGUUUACCGUUAUUCAGUCGUCAGUGGGGCUAGCAGACGUGAACAAACCACCAUUCCAGAUUGAUCAAGAUCAAUGGAUCACCUUGUUAUUCACCGUCCAGACCGACAUGAAAGGCUAUUUCACAUUGAACGUUACCUGUGAAGACAAAGGUUCAUAA